UCCAUGAUGAAGUCAAUGAGCCUGGGCAUCCUAGUGUGGCAGCUCGCCCUGUUUCUGCAGGCCGAUGCGCAGGUCCCAGAUGCCUGCUUCACCAGUAACACUCUCAGACCUCCAGAGAACACUGACAUCAACGUAACAUGUGGCACCCAGUUCAUGGACCUCAGCAUCUACAUUUGUCCUAUUUAUAAUGCUCUGUACAAUGAGUCAAUGAUGGUCCUAAACAACAUGAUGAACAACCCUGCAUGCUAUGGAAAAGCCGACUGGAAUGUUACUCCACCAGUUUUAAAAUUUAGAUUCCCUAUAGGGCAAAAUGGGAGUUCCCUCAAAGACUGCAAUAAUAAUUUUCAGGUGACCAACCAGGUUGGAACCGGACAAUUUUCAGACUUCUCAAAUGUCCAGUUUGUGAACAUCUCCGGCAUGGUUAUGUCUGUGGACCCAGCUGCGGGCAUGAUCACCUAUCGCCCGCAGAUCCAGUACAUGUUCUCCUGCAAGUACCCGAUGCAGUACCUGCUCAACAACACUCAGCUCAGCGUAUCGGGUGUCAAUGUGGCCAUACGAGACAAUAACGGUAGCUUCAUCAGUACGCUGAGUAUGCAGCUGUUCGAAGAUCCAACAUACAAGAAGGCUUUAACAAUCCCAUCAACAGGACUCAACCUUAAAACGAAGAUUUAUGUUUCGGUCAAAGCAAGCAAUCUAACCGAGAAGUUCAACGUGCUGCUGGACAGAUGCUACACCACCACAAAUCCUUAUCCUGCGCAACAAAAUUACUAUGAUCUCUUCGUUGGGUGUACUCGUGAUGCACAGACUAAGAUAGAGAAGAACGGCGUUGCGCAGAGCGCUCAAUUCUCCUUUGAGGCCUUCAGAUUCGUGGAGCACAAAAAUCUGACCAUUUCCACUUUCUUCCUGCACUGCGUCACCAGACUCUGCGAGACAGACAAGUGCCAGUCCUUACUGCCUGUCUGUGGCGCUAAAAAACGCAGAAAGAGAGAAACUGAGGAUGUGCCGGAAGAAGCUACCAUCACCUCUCGUCCCAUAUCUGUCGGCCAAACACCCACAGGAGAAGCCAUCUCAGCUUCUCAAGUUUCAUCAGCUGAGAGCACCGGAGCUGCACUGUCAUCGCUGCUGUUCUCACUGCUGCUUGCUUUGUGUUCCACAUAAGACCAUGACGGCGCAUCGUGGCCUAACAUUUUCUGACUAAGAAUCAAGCACAUCUUAAAACAAAAACAGCAUUAUCUGCAAAGCGUGGGGAUUUUACACUAGAUCAGGUAGUCAUGAAGGUAACAUGCAAAUCACAGGUAAUAUAAAUUGCAUUAUUUGUUAACAAGAGAUUCAAAGCUCAGCUGGUACACAGUAACAGAGUAACGUAAUCAUAUGUUGGUCAAAAUCAUUGUAUUUGUCUCAUGUUAUUUUUUUAUUUAAUGAGAGGUGACAGCUUUUAUAAUCACUGGUGAAGAUUCUCAAUCAUCCAGGAUAUGGCAAAUCCAAAGAAGGUCAAAAGACGAAACAACUCGACUUCAGUCCUUGUACCAGAAAAUGUUUCGCUCUUUUCCCGAAGAGCUUUAUUUAUUCAAAGCUAGCGAGGGAGAAGUUCAGAGCUUUUAAGCUGUAGGGAAUUGCCAUUUUGUACUAAACUACUCUGUUUAGAAGAGGUCUCAGAUUUCAGCUUUGAAAAACGUACAUCUGUCAGUUUUGAACCGAUUCACACCUUCUUGUGUGUGACCAACAUCUUUGUGAGUCACUGAUGAUUGCCUGUUAGGGUGAUUCUGCAUGGGAAUUUAGACACAGAACGGCAGAUCUCAAACAGCUAGAAUGCUCUGAACUUCUCCCCCACUAGCUUUAAAUUUAGAAAAGUCCUUCAAGUGGAGUGUGAAACGUUUUAAACUACAGCAGCUGAGGUCCGUUUAUUUCGUUUUUUACCUUCUCUGGGCUAGAUUUUAUUAUCAGAAAUUUUGUUCUUCUUUUGUUUUUUUUUUACUGGGAAUAGCAAGAGAUUUGCUUUGCUCUUCUGUAAAAUAACUUUGGACACGCUUGUUCCGACAAGAUGUUGGUGUAAAGUUUUCGUUCAGGUCUUCCUCUUUGUCAAGUCAUGUAAAUCACAAGAAUCAAUAAGCAAGUUU